CCCCAACAGAAAUGUGGACUUGAUCAAAGUAAUAUCUAGUGCUGAAAUGUACAGAAUUGGAAAGAAGAAGAAGACAGAAAAGUGGCCGCCUUUGCCGUCACUUACCUAAAUUCCUUCUUAGCGCUCUUUGUAAGUAAUUCCCUCUUUUCAUUGUCCAAAACCAACAACAAAAGGGUCAAAAAAGAAAACCACAAUUUAACUUUGCUGAGCUGAAGUGAAGAAUUGAUCUUGCUUUUGAGCUGGUCUUCUGAAGAUAUUGUUGAUAGAGGCGAGGAAGAAAUGGGCGUCGGAUUGCUGGAGAUUGGGGUUCAAAUGAGGAAAGUUGUGAUCUUUUCGAUUAGAUUAUGUUAUAGAACUGUUAGAAAUCAUCCAUUCCUGGUGGGUAUGUUGUGUUUCUUGGCAUUAUUGUACAGAUCAUUUCCUUUUCUGUUUUCUGUAUUGGUGUCUGUGUCUCCUGUUAUUGUUUGCACUGCAAUUCUGCUUGGUACUUUGUUAAGUUUUGGCCAUCAAAAUGCGCCCGAGAUAGAAAGGGAAGAGAAAACAGUUCAUGACAUCUUAGUACCUCUGAAAUCUGGAGUUUCCUGUGAUGAUGCUAGUGUUGUUGAGAAAGAUGAGAGCUAUUCUGUGGAAAGAUACAUUGAUAAACGAUGGGAUGCUGCAGAGCAGCCAUUUUAUGAGGUUGAGAGGGAUAAUAGGUUUGGUGAUGGCACUCCUCUCAUUGAGAAAGAAUCUCAGGAAAUUCAACCGGUGAAUAGCGUGUUUGAUGAAGCAGCAAGGUUUUGUUAUGAUUCGGGAUCUGAGCAGAAGAAUGAAAAUGUGGAUGUUUUAGAGUACCAGUAUUCUCCAAUUCCGAAUACAGAUGACAAUAAUCUUGAAUUUGAUGUUGAUAAUGAUAAAUCUGUGGAUUCCUAUGACUCUAAAAUGGUAAACAUUGGUUCUCAUCCUGGCUCACCAGGAGAGGAGGAGGAAGAAGACAGAGAAGAGGAUGAGAGUAUAGAUUCGGGGUCAGAUCGAGCAGAAAGUUCACCCGAUGCUUCAAUGGCCAAUAUCAUCCCAAUGCUAGAUGAGUUUCACCCUCUUUUGGAUGAAGGCAAUCCUCAACGUGUUAAUUUAUCAGAUGCCGAUUUUGAUGCAGAGUUUAAACACUCGAAGCUAAGUGACAGUGAGGAUGAAUUUACCGAUGGCAUUUCAAACCAAGGAGAGUUAGAAACUGCAGAUGAUGAGAAUGAAGAUGAUGAAGAUGAAGAAGACAUACAAGGAGAUAAAGAAGAAGGUGAUAGAUUUGGAAUUGCAUGGACCGAGGAUGACCAGAAGAUUAUCAUGGAUUUGGGAAGCUCUGAGCUCGAAAGGAAUCAACGGUUGGAGAGCCUUAUUGCUAAAAGAAAAGCGCAGAAGAAUAUGAAGGCACUGGCUGAAAGGAGUGGAGAGUUAGAAACUGCAGAUGAUGAGAAUGAAGAUGAUGAAGAUGAAGAUGAAGAAGACAUACACGGAGAUAAAGAAGAAGGUGAUAGAUUUGGAAUUACAUGGACCGAGGAUGACCAGAAGAGUAUCAUGGACUUGGGAAGCUCUGAGCUCGAAAGGAAUCAACGGUUGGAGAGCCUUAUUGCUAAAAGAAAAGCGCAGAAGAAUAUGAAGGCACUGGCUGAAAGGAAUUUGAUAGACUUAGGAAGCGUUGAUCUACCGUUCAAUGUUGCUCCCAUUUCAACUGCAAGAAAAAAUCCUUUUGAUAUUCCCGAUGAUCAAAAUGACCUUAGAUUACCACCAAUUCCUGGGUCUGCUCCAUCUAUUUUACUUCCUAGGAGAAAUCCAUUUGAUCUUCCUUAUGACGUAGGUGAAGAGAAACCUGAUUCUGUGGAAGAUAGUUUCCAAAAAGAGUUCAUGACAUUACAACCAAAAGAACCGUUCUUCAGGAGGCAUGAAAGUUUCAAUGUACAACCAUCAUUAUUUGGCCCAAACAAGCAAGUACAAGAUGAUAUCAGGUUGAGACCUUACUUCGUUCCAGAAAGGAUGGAGAUUGAUGGACCAAGCUACACGCCAUUUGAAAGACAGUUGAGUGAUCUUAGUGACUCCAAAGUAAGCUCUAUUCCUGAAACUGAAUCAUCAGGUUCAGUUAGUGAUCUGGAAGAGAAUGACCUUACUGAGGAAAAUAUCGUAGGCAAGAACCUUAAUGACAAAGAUCUGGUGGAUGAGAACAUAAUUGAUCAACAUAUCUCUCAGGAGCUAGAUGUGAUGUCUAGUAUAGAGCCUGUUGGACAUGUAAGCAGCUUUUCUGAAGAGGAGUUGUUGGAGUUGGGCAGAAAUGGUAAAAAAGACUUAUUUGGUGUCAAGAUUGAAUUUAAACAGAAUCAUGAAGAAAUUCACCAUGAUGAGAACCCAAGUUUGAUCCAGGAAGGAAAUGUUGCCAACAUGUUGGACUUCAGCUCGAUAGAAACUAAUUCAAGGUCGCCAUCUUUUAAACAGAAAAGUAAUUGGCAUUCAAGCUCCUCAUCACCCUCUGAAGCAAGUGAAAAGAUCCUUGAUGAGAGAGGAGCACAAUGGCUGUCAGGUUUGGAAGAAAGAAGUGGUCAUGCUGAAGAAAAAGUGAUUUCUAGAGAGCCUUCAUCAGAAAAGUCGGAUGUCAAUAUCACAACCAUAACGACUGAUGAAAAUCCACAUAGGGAGCCUAUUUACGACUCAAGCCCCGCUCCACUUCAGAAGCACAUUUCUUUAUCCUCCAUUUCUUCAGAUGUGAGAACGGAUUCUUUAUCCUCCAUUUCUUCAGAUGUGAGAGCAGAUUCUGAAAUGGGCUUCUCGCCUCCAUCAGUCAGGGCAGCUCUUGCUUUUGCAGAUAGGGAAUCCAUGCAAAGUGGUCUCAAAAUCAAUAAAUAUACCCCGAUUAAUGAAGAGAUUCUAGCGACCUCAACCACCUCAGUAGCAGUACAUAAAGUAGAAUCUUUGUCAGCAGACCCUAUGGAUAUAAAUAUGCAGGAAGUCUUGAAAUUGAACUCCUCAGAAAUUAAUGAAGCCUAUUUUGAUGCAUUUACUCCAGCAGUUGCUGAAAGUGUAGUCAGUAAGGUUUUUCUGGACUCAAAAGCGUCUUUGGGGACUUCUGAAGAUGAUAAAAUUAUUGAGCUUCUACAGGAUGAAAGUUUAUUUUCUGUGUUCAACCCAAAUGUCAAGGCUUCGAAUGGUGUAGACUUGAUGAUGGAAUCUGUUUCCAAGAGCAAGGAGCCUUUUUCAACUGCUGAAGAGUUUUACCUUGUUCAACAGUCCUAUAAUCUCCCUCCCAGGGAUCACAAAGAAGUGCAGCAGGAACAACCACUUAUAGUGGUAGAAACAAUUGGGGAAGCUGGCCUAACUGCUACACCUGCUUCAGUUCUCCACAAGGUUGAUGAAGCCACAGGAGAAGUUAGUCAAUCAGAUAUAAAGAAGAGUGCUUUUGAUGAGGUGGAAGUUGCUAACCACAUUCAGGGCUCUGAAAACCAUGAACUUUUGCUGGAAACAGUUGAGUGUCGUGGCGAUGUGCAACACUUAAUCGAAGAUACAGAUUGUAUCAAGGAUGUCAGUGAAGAAUUAUUAUCUGAAUUAGAUGCAGUUGGUGACUUUAGCAUCAAAGAACCAGGAUCAAGGUUGAACGAGUUUGGAAGUGAAUCUGGGAGUUCUAAGAGAGUGAUACUGCACAAAGAUUCAAGUUUGAUUGAAAAUGAGAUUGAAUUUGAAGGAAGAUCAACUGAAGAUAUUGAUUUGGAUCACAGGCAACUCCAUGAAGAUAACUCUAAGAGACAUUUUCUUCAUGAUUCUGUUGAUAUGGAAGUGAAGACAGCAGAAUCAUCGGUCUUGGUUUUGCCGCAAGCUUUGGAAGCCAAUCUAGAGAAAUUUAUGGAGUUAAAUUCUAAAGAUGGAUUGCUUGAAGCCGGGCCAGAUGAAGGGGACUCAUUCAAGGGUGUGGAAUCCACUUUAAAAGCAUUUGAUGUCCCAGAAGGAAGCAAAGUUGAAUCUGGAAAGCUACAUUAUGAAGUUGACAGGUCAGAAGAUUCACAUUUGGCUACAGCUUCUGAACCUGCACAUCAUGAAGCCCCUGUACAUAACAGUUCAAGUAUAAUCGAUGUCAAAGACAAGAAGAAAGAAGAUUCCCUCAAAUCAGAUUCAAGUUCAAGCUCCAGCUCAGACUCAAGCUCAAGUGACUCUGAUAAAGAAUGAGAAGCCAAGAAAUAUUAUUGGACAACAAAGGAAAGAUGGAAUUGGAUUUUCUGUUUCAUUUUCUUUCUGUUCUUGAGUGACAUUUCAGAGGAUCAGUUUCUUCAAGAAUGACUUUUUUUUAUACAAUUUCUUGAAGCACCCUUUUCUUUAAUUUCAGUUUUGUGGCAAUUGUGGAGUUUUGUGGGAGGAAAUGUUUGUUAUUUCCUGUUGACUUUUUUUGUACAAAGAUCAGAGUUGAAUUAUUAUAUUUAAAGGCCAAAGAUUUCUUCUUGAAAAUAAUGAAUACUUUUGCCCUCUUUUAUGGCUUCUUAAA